UAAAAAAAAAAGUCGGGGUUAAGUAUGAAAUUUACGAUAGGGGCAACGAGGGUUCUGCCGGGGGGGGAGGCCAAGUCCGCAGGCUCCGCUAGACGGUCAGCCAUCAGGCGUCAAUACGACAGAUGACGAAAAUAUGAGACAGUAGAGGAAAUCAUUACUGAGAUGCACGACCUUUCCGGGCUCAAGGUAGCCUUAUACUAUCCUAACGACUUUGAAAAAGUCGAGAGGGUGAUCCAAGAAAGAUUCGUGGAAGUCAAGCCUCCACAAGACUGGCCAGAUAGAAACUACGGCGCAUUUCAUUGCCCGACUCUGGACGAGGGCAUCUCUGGGCAAAAUGAAAUUAUGGGACGAAGAAGCUGGUUCUCGGGAUAUUUUGCUCGUCACUACCGGCUCAAACUAAAGGACAGAGAUGUCACAGAGCCGGCGGUCAAAGAUAGGGUCGCGGAGAUACAGCUCAUGUCGCUUCUAAUGCAUGCCUGGGCAAAAAUACACCACGAACCUAUCUACAAGCCUAAGAACGGCCCCCUACACACCGACGAGGAUGAUGAGCGCUUGCUCGACAUCUCGAACGGUAUUAUCAUCGCUGGCGAGCAGGUAUUGAGGCAAAUCCAGAUAAAUCUCGACAAGAAGUCGCAGCAAGGCCAGAUUCCUUUCAAAAACAUACACGACGCCUGGAGCUAUCUCGAAGAGAACUGGGCCAAGGGCGGAACCCAAGGCUUGUCGUCCUACGAACGCGGGGCCGCCUACGAGUCCACCCACGUGCAAAUUCUUUACAGGACGUUAGAAACGCUCGAGUUUCGCACUCCCGAGAAACUUGAUAUCCUUGUCAAGUAUUGCCUCGCUUUAUACCCCAACUGUCUCACGCCGCCAGGAGCCUACGGGGAUUGCGACUUCAUUGACAUGCUCAUCAUCUCACUUGUCGAGAUCGGCGAUUUCAAGGCCGUAGAAUCCGAACAGCUCCAGCUACCACUAUCCGACAGCCUAUAUUUAAGCCGGUCAGAAACUCUCAAACUAGUGCGAUACAACGCCAUAACUAUAUGCCAUGCCUUAAGGCACGAAAAGUUGGCUUCUACUGCUAACCCUAUUCAUAUCUUCGAAGGGCUAUAUCCAUCAAGCCAGGAAUUUCUCGCAAUGAUACAUCCCAGAGCAUCACUAGCGCAGAGCCCGGAAAGCCUUGUCAAGGUGCGUGACUUCUGCGACUACCUGCUCAGGUGGGAAGAUCUGACGUGGAAGCUCCAUUGCGCUAUAUCCCGACUUACCUGGAUCAGGCUAGAUGUGCACGCCUGGGGGACGUUGGGAGACGGGCUUCAGGCGUAUGAGUACGCCAUUCCAGUCUGCGACUCUUACCUGAUCGAGUACCUUGACAUUUACCGUGACAUCGACUUGCCAAAAAACAAGGCCGCACCUCAGUUGGGGCGUGUUAUAUUCAGACCAUUGCCUACCGUUGUCGACGGCGUAGGCAUUUGGACUAAAGACAUCGUGAGAGCAUCGGUCGUUAUGACCCAGCUCGGUUUUCUGGAAGUGCGGCAAUAUCUGGAACGGCCUGACGCUAUGUAAGAGAAGCAAUCUACAUAAUCUGGGCCUUAGAAGUGAGAUAGCGAGAUAUUAAAUAUUUCGUGUUUCUGUCUUUGUGCAGCCUUAUAUGAACGAAGGCUCCCAGUGGCCUGGAACAAGAUCCAGUUGGAAGUACCAUUUGUCGCUUUCCUUGCUACCUAACCCCUCCCCAACUUUGGGGCGGAACUUUGGUUUGUUCUCCUAGCCUUGAUCGGCUGCCGUGACUGUGAUUAUUCGAAAUUGAUAGCUUGAGAGGUAUGUGGCCACACGACCGCCCCGUCGACUUUCCGGCCGCAAACUGGAAUAGGAUAGCGAAAGAUAAAUCCAGCUUUUCCGUCAAUACUUUUCAUCCUGGCGUUACUUGACUUGUAGCAUGAAUUACAUACCCCAUGCUCGCAUAGUCUUAGUCUCAAGCUCGGGAUUAGUGUUUUAAUGGCAAUGUAUUUCUAAACAUGUCCACUUGACGAAAUGGUGUUAGGGAUGAACGCAGGGCUAGCUAUGUCACCGUAUUUAUACACUC